GGAAGGCUUGAGUGGCAGGCGGGAGAGGGAGCAAGAUGGCGUCGGAAGGCGACUUGGGGAGGAAGUGGGACCGGUGCCUGGCUGACUCCGCCGUCAAGCUGGGUGCUGGUUUUGGCCUGGGCAUUGUCUUCUCAGUCAUCUUCUUCAAAAGGAAGACCUGGCCCAUUGCGUUUGGCUCCGGGACGGGCCUGGGCAUGGCUUACUCCAACUGCCAGCACGAUUUCCGGUCCCCGCACCUCCUCCACGGGAGAUUCGUCAAGGAGCAAUGACAGAGAGGAAGAAAGCAAGGCUCGGGGUCUCCUCGUCAUCGUUGUCAUCUUCCCGAAAAGGUCCAAGCGCCCCACUGACCACUGCCUUGGGGACCGUCCACCCGCUCUCGGGAACCCAAUCACGUUUUGUAUUCAAAGCCGAGGAAAGGUGCUGCUCUUCCGGGAAAUAAAGCAAAAAGAUGUUGACGCACAA